CCUUCUAUCACCAGCUCAGUCCCUGACUGACGGUUUAAUUCAUUUGCUGACACGGAGAGAGCCUACAAUGUUAACUCUUGUUGCGCUCUUGCUUUGCACUGCGUCCUCUUCCUCAGCCUCUGCAAAAGGUGGCAGUGCUAAACUCCGGUUGAAUAAUGACCAGCUGUACAAAUUCAGCUAUGCCACUGAGGUUUUGGUAGACAGAGCCAGGGGUUCAAAAGAGGGAAGUGCUGGCUAUAGGAUUUCAAGUGAUGUGGCCGUCAACCUAGUAUGGAGAGACCCGAGUAGCAAGGAUGACCAGCUAGUUCAGUUGGUGAUGUCAAAUAUAAAGAUUGAUAAUGCGGUUCAUCGGUCUGGGAAGAGCCUCCUUAAGGGUUUGACAACAGAAGGUCUCUUGGGCAAGGCCAACCUAGCAGCUCUGACCACGCCUUUCAUGGUGCAUCUGAGAAACGGAAAGGCCAAAGCAUUUUACUCCUAUUGGACAGAGCCUUCAGUUGUCAAAAACUUGAAAAGAGGAGUGGCCAGUUUACUGCAGCUGCAGCUUAAUACUGGGAAGGUUAUUGAGAAUGAUGUUUCUGGAAGGUGUACAGUUGAAUACAAAGCAGAAAAAGGCCAAGUGACAAGAACCAAGUUUCUGGACUCAUGCAAGACUGCAGAGACUGGCUUCACCACACAUAGUCAGGUCUUGGGUGUGAGAACAAAGUCCAGUUCUGUUACAGUGUUCACACUUGUGGAUGGUUUCGUUCAGUCAGCUAAGGCUGAAGAAACACAUAUACUUGCUGUCAGUGCCCGCAGAUCUACUGGAGCCAAAGUUAUAUCCCAGCAAACACUGACAUUGAUGGGGACAGAGGCUGGUCCUUUUGAGGCUGCUGGGAAAGAUGUUGCCGGAGUGGUCAAGUCACUUGAUGCCAGACUGGCAGCUGUUGGUAUCAUUGCCGAGAAAGUCAAAUCCCAGUGCAAGGGGUGUCCAUCACUUUUUGAACAUUGGCAGGCAAAUAAGAAGCAGUUUGAGCCCGAUAACCUCUCCAAGGCCAAGGCUCCUCGCAGCUUCCUGGCUCUCAUCCAGAGCAUUAGGAAGGCCUCCAAGGAUGAAGUCCUGAAAGUCCUGGGGAGUGCCAGCAAGUCAGCCCUACCUCAAGUAGUGGAUGCUGUGACCUCCUCUCAGACCUCUGCAUCUCUGGAUGCCAUGCUUGAAUUUCUCAACUUCACUGAUGCCAAAGGUUUGGUCCUGCAAGAGAGGUUCCUCUAUGCAUGUGGUUUUGCAUCGCAUCCCAAUGAAAGGAUGCUCAAGGCCCUACUGGAUAUUUCCAAGGGGAAGAUUGGCAGCCCUGACAUCAAAGAGUCAGUUGUAAUUAUAAUGGGGGCUCUGGUGCGCAAGCUCUGUCAGAAAGGAGGACAUGAUUUACCGACAGUGGCCCAGGUGAAGAAGAUGAUUUUAGCGGGUCCUGACAGCACAAGGGUUGAGUCAGAAGUCCAAAUGUACCUCUUGGCUUUGAAAAACUCUCUGCUCCCUGAGGCCAUUCCCAUCUUAACUAAAUAUGCUGAGUCUGAGGUGGGUGCUUACAGCACCAUUGCCCUCACCUCCUUGCAGAGAUAUGAUGUCAAUCUCAUUACUGAUGAGGUGAAAAAGACGGUUAAUCGGGUUUACCAUCAGAACCGACGGAUCUAUGAGAAGAACGUGAGGGCUGCUGCUGCUGAUGUCAUCCUCAGCAGCAACCCUUCGUACAUAGAUGUCAAGAAUGUCCUUUUGUCCAUCGGAAACCUGCCUCAUGAGAUGAACAAAUACAUGCUCUCUAAGAUCCAGGACAUCCUCCACUUUGAGAUGCCUGCCAGUAAAGUUGUACGACAAGCUAUGAGGGACAUGAUUUCCCAUAACUAUGACCGUUUUGCAAAGGUUGGGUCAUCCUCCGCUUACUCAGGCUACAUGGCACAAUCCACUGAUGUUAUGUCCGCAUACAGUUUGGACAUCUUGUAUUCAGGCUCUGGAAUUCUGAGGAGAAGCAAUAUGAACAUUUACGGUGCUAGUAAUGGAGUCCAACUACAUGGUUUACAGGUAGCCAUUGAGGCCCAAGGUCUGGAGUCUCUGAUUGCUGCCACGCCUGAUGAGGGCGAACAAGACUUGGAGUCCUUUGCUGGCAUGUCAGCUCUGCUGUUUGAUGUCCAGUUGAGGCCAGUCACCUUCUUCAAGGGUUACAGUGAUCUCAUGUCCAAAAUAUUCUCAAUGUCAGGGGAACCCAUGAAUGUCGUAAAAGGUCUUAUUCUGCUGACGGACCAUUCUGAGGUCAUUCAGCUCCAGUCUGGUCUGAAGGCCAGUGCAGAGUUUCAGGGAGGCCUGGCCAUCGACAUCUCUGGUGGUAUGGAGAUCAGUCUGUGGUACAGAGAAUCCAAAACCAGUGUCAACAACAGGGGGGCUCUAGUGGUCAUUGGCAAUGUGACGGUGGACAUGGACUUUGUCAAAACAGGGUUGGAGGUCAGCUUUGAAACAGAGGUAUCGCUAGACUUCAUCACAACUGUCCAGUUCUCAGAAUAUCCAUUCCUGGUGUGCAUGCAGAUGGAUAAGACAACUUUCCCCUUCAGUGAAUACCUGACCAAGUAUGAGAGCCUCCCUUCAGGAAAGAGAUUUGUGAUGCGCAAGAACAGGAAGCAGCUUGUCCCUGGUUCUGAAUUUCCUCUUCAUCAAGAGAAUUCCAACAUGUGCAAGAAGGUUUUUGACUCCAACUGGUAAAGAAGAAAUUAUAAACUAUCAAAGAUGGCGUUGCCAUUCUUAUGGCCCAGUUUUUUAACAAAGUCAAUAUUCUCACUCAAAGAACAUUUAUUUCAUACAGGGACAUUUUUCAUACCUCAGCCCCAAGCUGUUUAAUGACCAAAUGAGGGAAAGGGGUGGUUUUCUAACAACGGAUGCAAUGUUUACAUUCCCUGAGUAUUUAAGUCAUUGUAAUUUUAUGUUGUUUAAAAAUCGAGAAUUGUGUUUUUAUCGGUUUGUUUGAAUAUCUAUUUAUAACAGGAGCAUGUGUUUGCUUUGUUUGAUACAUAAUACUCAGUUUGAUUAGUACCUCUGUGGUUUUCACCAACACAGAUACAGUAUGUAAAUAUCACACUAAACGCGAAAUACAAGUACUCCUGUAUUUUGACAUUCCUGUUUCAUCAAUACAGACCAUUGAUAGCCUUGAGCAAUCGAUGCUUAACAAUAUGUCACUGUGAACAUAUCAGUACAACAGAAAAAAGUCUGCUACAAACCAGAAUAUUUUUAAUUUUUCAUAAUCAUGUAGGUAAAUGUUUUAUUGCUCUGAUUCCGAUCAUUUGUGCAUAUAGUUUGUUCCUCAAAUUUACAGUGUUUGAGAUGAAAUUAUUCACAAAACUAGGCAAUCACUAUUUUGAUAUAUCUUUUUGUACAAGGACAUAGUAAUUCUGUAUUUUUGAAAACGUUUUGACAGUUAGAAAAAAAUUUGAACAACUUUAUUAACUCCCGUUUCCUUUUCUUGAAAUUAUGUUGCUAGAUUUGUAAUUGUCAGACGUUAAAUAUGCACUGGAAGCACCGUGCUUUUGAACUUGGCCUCCAUAUUCAGAUUUUCAGAUUCAGAUUGUGCAAAAAGAACAAAAAGAAAAUAAAAAUAAUAA